UUUUCAUCAUGUUUUGCUUAAGAUUUAGCUACUGUCAUGAGCUCAUAACUUUCUUGAAUCUGGAAGUUGAAAUAUUAACAAAUAAGCAGGUAAAGUGUGAUGGAGCUGUCUACUCUUUGUCACUUGAUCUUUCAAAGUUCAGAAAAGUAUGUGAUAUUGGGAACUUUUUCGCAAUUUUGGACAACAAACCCAGAAUAACCCUCACGUGUAUGAGUGCUGCUGUUCACAAGAUUAUGUUAGUCCAUUGGGAAAAUUACAGAAUGGAGGAUGGAAUGAAGAUAAAUAUUCGUCCAUAUAAUUAUCCUGAAUCUAUAAUUGCUUUGAAAAACUUAAAAGCAGCAUAUAUUGACAAGCUUGUAUCUGUACGUGGCACUGUAAUAAAAGUUAGCACUGUCAAGCCUCUUGUCAUGCAAAUGAGUUUUGAUUGUGCAAAAUGUAAAACUAGCAUGACAAGUGUCUUUCCCGAUGGAAAAUUUUCACCACCACCCAUUUGCAACUUUCAUGGGUGCAAGAGCAAAACAUUUAUUCCAAUCAGGUCUUCUGCUCAGGCAAUUGAUUUUCAGAAAAUAAGGAUACAAGAGCUGCUAAAGUCUGAAGAUCAUGAAGAAGGUCGAGUGCCUCGAACAGUAGAGUGUGAACUGACCAAUGAUAUCGUUGAUGUGUGUGUUCCUGGUGAUGUGGUGACUGUUACAGGAAUUAUAAAAGUAAUCAAUAACUACAUGGAUAUUGGAGGAGGGAAAUCAAAAGGCAAAAAUCAGGGAUUCUACUAUUUGUAUAUAGAAGCAGUUUCAGUUAAAAAUUCCAAGUCACAGUCUACAGCUGAGGAUUUGCAGGAUCCAAGUUCUAAUCCCCAAUCUAGGGAGAUGGUUGAUUUAUUCUCAUUCUCACCUAGGGAUUUAGAAUUUAUUGUGAAGUUCUCAGAGGAAUAUGGUACAGAUAAAUUCCGACAAAUACUACAAUCAAUUUGUCCAUCAAUAUAUGGACAUGAACUUGUCAAAGCGGGAAUAACACUUGCACUGUUCGGAGGUGUACGAAAGCACUCAAUGGAUGGCAACAAGGUCCCUGUGAGAGGAGAUAUCCAUGUCAUUGUUGUUGGUGAUCCUGGACUUGGAAAGAGCCAACUAUUACAAGCAGCUGCUGCUGUUUCUCCACGUGGCAUUUAUGUAUGUGGUAAUGCCACAACUAAUGCUGGCCUCACUGUAGCUGUAGUGAAGGACCCAAUGACAAGUGACUAUGCUUUUGAGGCUGGAGCCAUGGUACUUGCAGACAGUGGAUUGUGCUGUAUUGAUGAAUUUGAUAAAAUGUCUGCAGAACAUCAGGCUUUACUGGAAGCCAUGGAACAACAGUGUGUUUCUGUUGCAAAGGCAGGACUUGUAGCUAGUUUAUCUGCACGGACUUCUGUUUUAGCAGCAGCAAACCCUGUCGGUGGUCACUACAACCGUGCAAAAACAGUGAAUGAAAAUUUGAAAAUGAGUGCUGCUCUUCUCUCACGAUUUGAUUUGGUUUUCAUAUUACUUGAUAAACCUGAUGAGUUGCUGGAUAAACAAGUCUCAGAACAUAUCAUGUCACUUCAUUCUGGAGAUGUGGAAAAAUCACCAGUGCCCAAGAAGCUACGAACGGCACCACAUAAUUUUGAAAGCAUAGGUAUGAGAAUAAAAGGUGGUUCUAUACUUUCACGGUUGAGCUUUGAUCCGAAGAAAGACAAUGAUUUUGUUCCGCUCCCAGGUCCACUUCUUCGAAAAUAUAUUGCUUAUGCCAGAGCUUUUGUCUUUCCCAGGAUGUCAAAACCAGCAGCAGAAAUCCUGCAGAAGUUUUACUUGAAACUGAGAGACCAUAAUACAUCUGCUGAUAGUACACCUAUAACAGCAAGGCAACUUGAAAGUUUGGUGAGGCUUGCAGAAGCUAGAGCUCGGAUAGACUUGAGGGAAGAAAUAACAGCCCAAGAUGCUUUGGAUGUGGUUGAUAUAAUGAAGGAGUCUCUGUAUGAUAAAUAUGUUGAUGAGCAUGGCUUUGUGGAUUUUGGUCGGAGUGGGGGUAUGAGUCAACAAAAAGAAGCAAAGAGGUUCUUAAGUGCUCUUGAUAAGCAAUCAGAGCUGCUGCAGAAAGAUUGCUUUUCAAUUUCUGAAAUUUACUGUCUGGCAGAUAGAAUUAGCAUAAGAGUUCCUGAUAUUGAUACCUUUGUGGAGAACCUGAAUGUUGCUGGCUAUCUACUCAAGAAGGGUCCAAAGAAAUAUCAGGUGUUAUCUUCAUCUUAUUCACGAAGUCAACCAUCAAGGUCAAGAAGCUAAACUCUGCAAAAUUAGAGAGCAGAGGCUUAGUCUGUGGCUCGAGAGCACCAACUUUAGUAUGCUUCUUUUCCUGUGUUUAUCGAAGUAGUUGCCCAUGUUUAAAUUCAUCUUACAAGUAUUUACCCAGUGUCACAAGUGAAUUCCUGACAUACUCAGCUGUGGUA